CUCUCUCUCUUGUACUCACUUGCAUCAUCAUUUAAGCUGCCUCUCUUUCAACGUCGCAUCGAUAUAUUAAAAUGGCUUCCUCUUCGGCCCACCUGAACCACCACCACCAACUUCCAAACAUCAACGGUGGAGCCACGGCGGCGCCUCCACCAACUCCAUCAUGCGCACAUCCCAACACAAGCACCAAGUCGGAGACAGCAGCCGACGCUCUCUCCCGCCUCUUCAACCGUCUCCCUCCUAAUCUCUCACUCCCUAACCGCCGCUCCUCCGUCCUAUCCUCAACCGCUGCAUCUCUACCGACAGUAACUUUCUCCGCCGAGAGCUGCGGCGAUCUUAUCUCCGCCGCUACAGAGUUCGGCUACUUCCAACUCGCUGACUCGGAUACUAUCCUCCCUUCUGGACUCGCUGAAGCUGCCGAGUCCGAAGCUCUCUCGCUCUUAGAGCUAAGCGAGGAGGAAAAGGAAACAACCUUUCCAAAGAACUGGCCACUUGGCUACGAAGCUGACGCUGAAACGCCGUCGUUUUGCUUAGACGCGGACUGUGCAACCGAGUCGGGCGAGUUAAAGCUAAGUUCACUGUGCGAAUUCACUCGGUGUCUCGAGAAAGUUGGGCUGAAGACGGUAGAGAUGCUGGCGAGCGCGUUAGGGUUCAAGAACCCGUUUGGAGAUGAGUCGACCCGGUUUAGUACUAUGAUGUGGCUUAACCAAGAUGUUCCGGAUGAUAAACCGGCGAUAACCAACGGGUUUUAUCCGUUUGUUGUCUGCUUACAGUACCAGAUAAGGGAACAGAAGUAUUGUUUGCUGUCCGAGUCUGGCUGGGUGUCUGUAUCCCCUCGAGUUGACUCGGUUCUUGUGACGCUAGGUGACAUUGCUCAGGUUUGGAGAAAUGGAGAGCUCAAAAGAGUGAGAUAUCGACCGGUGGUGUGCUCAGGAAAACUUGACGAUCCAAGAAAGUCUGUAACAAUGACAUUGAUGCUUACACUUCCCAUGGACUCUAUGGUUUCGCCACUGAGAGAUAUCAGUGACGGCGACAAAGAAGAAGAGUACGCAGAAGAGGAGGAAGGAGUAUCAAGAAGUGAUGAGAGAAAGGGAUUUAAGUCUUUUUGCUUUGAGGAUUACGCAUGGAGAGUAUACCUUGAGCGUCUCUUCUUCAAGGAUCCACUUGACAGAUACAGAAUCAAACCUUAGAAUUUUCUUAAGAAUUGUUGUUUAAUUUGUUUAUUUCGAAAUGGGACUUGGGCCAAGUCUUCUUGUUACGUCUAUUAUUCCAUAAAUUCUGAGUGAUUUAAAAA